GCAGAGUGAUAUUUUAAACCAGCCCUUCAUCGACCAAGAUUUCCGAAUAACAGCCUUUGAGAUAUCAAAUCCUCCUACAGAUGAACCAGCUGCCAAACGUCUGCACCUGGACAAACCGGACAGUGCCACCUACGCAUACUUAUUUCAAGCCUUUCGCUUAAACAAUAAACUGGAUCCCGCAAAAUGCGUUGCGCAUGGCAUCCCUCCGAAUGUUAUGCGAUCUCCCGCAAUUAGAAAACUGACGGAAGGCGAAUCACUGGUAUUGGAGGACGGUCGUACGAUUGCACCAUCGGAUGUCACAACUAGUGCGCCCACACCCCAAAACAUUUUGGUCGUCGAUUGUCCCGACUCUUCCUACGUUUCUCGAUUCCUCAAGAAUCCAGACAUCUUCGACGCUCUGUCCACCUCAACUGAGGCUGAUUCUGAGAAGAAGAAGAAGAAUAGAGGAACCGUUGCUGGUGUCAGCCUGGUCGUGCAUUUUCUUCCUCGUGGACUCUUUUCAACAGAAGUUUACCAGGACUUUGUCAAAAAGUACGGUGUGUUUCGAACAAAUAAUCUACAAUAG